CUUGCACCACCCGCAGUCUUUGGCUUUGUACUUCGUACAACUACCUACCUACUUAAUUACUGCGCAUGUUCGCAUGCUCCGUGUGCAAGAUUUGUCCAGAAAAUAUUUGUUGCAUCUGCAUGCAUGUCUUGCCGGUUUGCACAUUACUUCUUGAUCCCCUAGUUUAGGUGCACCCGAGAAUCCGAGUCUUCUGACGGGCCAUGGGAACCAGCUGCCCCUGCCAGUCCGUUGAGCCUAGCGCAUACCGGGGGUUCUAACGAUACAAACCCGUUCGGGUGGUUGCAGAAAUCAUCUGCAACGACUUGGGAGAAUAAAGGCACGGGCUACAGAUUUGACAUGGGCUACUUCGUAGCUCUGGACAGUCAGGCAACUGAGAUAGACUGGGUCUAAGACUUAGGCACAGAUCCAUCUAGUCUCUGUCUGGUACCAGAAACCCGCUCAAGGGUGGUGGGCAAUAACAAAACAUAUCUUGUGGAGAGGCACGACGACAGGCCAAAAAUAUUUAGGACGAUUAAGCAUACACUCGAGCCGACAGCGUAUGGUUAGUUGGCAUCAAACCCACAGGCACCACUAGGCCGUCCGCAUCUCACAAUUUCCCUGCUAGCACUCGCGUGCUCGGACGCAUCUCAUCAGAGAGGAUCGAAUUUCUUCUGAAGCGGUUGCAGUAUAGCGUAUUCCGGAGUAGGUCAACGACAAGGGGUAGCAGCCCCAGUAGACUUUAAGGUCGCCCGGCUUGCCUUUUGUCGCGCCGCCCCGUUGCGCCAUGUUCUCAGAAGACCGAAACAGCAUCCCAGCGGCCUUCAUGGCUGCCGAUCGUGGUGAUAGUGCAGCGCAUCAUUCCGGUCCGGCGGGUGAGCUUAAGCGGGACCUCAAACUCAUGAGCAAGAUCCCUAGAAUUCUGCCUCAUGAGCGCGUCUUUCCCAUCCAGAUCGGCUCCAAAUUGUUCAAGCUCUCUGGGGCGUCACUAUCAUCAGACGCUCCAUCAUAUUUCUCUCAAUAUUUUUUAUGCCAAAUGAAAGCGGCAGAAGAAAAUGGAGACGACGUUUGCUCGUCUAUCCGCACCCUCUAUAUUGAUCGGGAUCCCAUGACUUUUCAGGACAUUGCUCUGCAUCUACAAGGCUAUCACGUUCAUCCUCGGGAUGCCACACACUUUGUACGGCUAUUUGCUGAUGCCCAGUUCUACUCUCUCCCCAAGUUGAUAUCACAACUCUACGAAGAGCCCAUAUUUAUGACCAUCGGCCACCGAGAGUUCCAAAUCCCACGCGAUCUCUUCAAGGACCCCGGGAACUCUCCCAACUUUUUCACCCUAGGCUUUGCCAUCUUCUUCUCCUCCCCGGACGACCUUUUCCCGGGCCUGGACCGCAGAGACCUCAUCCGCCCGCCCUCAAUCCUGCCCCCCUCCGUCCCCCACCGCUCUGCGGACACCUUUGAAGAGAUACUCCACCUGCUACGUGGCAAUCCCGUUAACGUCCGCGACGAGACGCACCGACAGACUCUCCUCCGCGACGUGAGGUACUUCAACUUUAAGGGACUCGAGCAGCGUCUUAUCUCCCACUGCGCCUCAUACAAUCAGCUCCGAGCCCGUCACCAAAUCCUACUCCGCGUCGAGGACAUCUACAAAUCCGGCAUCAGCGUCUACCCCGAACCACCAUCUGCCGUAGAUUCGGCUCCGUCUCACGGCUGGGUAAAUUAUGCGCGUCCGUACUUGGGCGACAAGCCCGCCGAACUGGUCCUGCAGAUCGGGGGUAACGCCUCGCGGGUGGGACCACUGGAAAUCAUCUUACGGGACGACUUUGCCCCCUUGCCCGACUCCACGGUCUACACGGCGCAGUUGGAGUUCUUCCUAGACGCCAAGAAACGAGUCGCUCGCCUCUUUGAUGUUGUUGGCUCGCUACUCAAGGUCUCGGUGGUACAGGCGGAUCAGCUUGUCGCCAUCAUAGACAAGGACGCGGCGAUAACGCUAGACGGGAAGCCCUUCACUGGCCACCGGGACGCCGAUGACCUGGCGGACAUUGACGUCGACGCACUGACGGUGGGCACGGAUGGGCCAGCCCGCAAGAGGAGAAAGACGGUUGCCUCUAGGCAGCGCCCCGGAAUCGAGACGGCUGGCUGGGUCAUCCGGACCGGGCAAUGGCGGUUGCGGACGCGCUGUCUGCACGGCACCCUCGAGUGUCUGUUCGUCGCGGUCAAGCUGGAAGCAUUUUCAUCGGAGCACUCGAGUAAUUCCAUGGCAGAAUUUCUUUGACUGAGAAUUUUCUUUCAUGUGGGAUCAAGGUCCCUGGAGAGGAGUGAGAAGAAGGCACAAAGAAACUAAUUUCAUGAUGCAUAUCUCAGUAUCGUAUCGUAUCGAAAGCCAGUUUUAAUUAUAUUCCAUCAAAUUAAACUGAAAACAAACAUGUCUUGAGCGAUUAAAUGCGG